UCCGCCCCUAGUGCGCGGGGCCCCACGCCCCCCGACUCUGCUCAGGGAGUUCGCAGCCCUGGCGCCGCCACAGAAGGUCCCGCCACCCCAACCUAUCCGUUGACCCAGCUCCCCGGAGAUGUUGGGCAGGAAAGCAGCACACGCACACCCAUUUUUAUUGGCCCGCACCGGGGCAGGGGUUUAUACGACUCUGAAGUGCAACGCGUGUUUGUAAGUUCAGGCAUCAGGGAGAGGAGAAGCCGGGCGUCCCGUUCGCGUCCGAGAUUCGGUGGGUGCUCAGAGCCCGGGCGCGCACGCCGGCGGUGCGUUCAGCCCAGGGUGCCUGUGAGCGCGCGUGUCCCGGUGCUCGCGCGCAUCCGUGCCCGGGGGUGGCCCGAAAGCUAGCCGCGGGCGCUGUCAGACCAAGGGCGGGGGUGCCUGGGCGGGCGUGGGGCGGAGGCCCUGGCUCGGCCCGCCCCGGGAACCGGCCCCUCGGAGCCUUGGGUAUUGCAAUGGGACGUGUUCUCCUUUAAGAGUUAAGAAACUUGAAACCUUGUUUGCGCAACAAUCAGCGCCGCGGAGCCGCCAAAGUGUCUAGACUGGCAUAUGAUGGGAGGCAGCCAAUGACUCCACGGCGCUCCUCCGGGGGCCCUCACUGUGCGUUUGAGGAGAACAAAAAAGAGAGAGAGAGAGUCGAGCUGAGAGAAAGAGCCGCUGGCCGCUGCCUCGCCGAGCCUCGCCGGGACCGCGGGGCCGCCGGGAGGCACUUUGGUGGCGGGGGGAAGGGGGGGCGACCUCGGCAGCCGCGGCGCCCGAAGCGUCCGAGCACAGCGUGGGGCGGGCUGCGACCUCUGCCUCGCCGGACUGCAUUUUUAAUUAAGGAUUCCCAGCAGCUCUGGGGUUUUUACAGCUCCUAGCUCUGUUGACACCACAUUCCGGAGUAACUCGCUCCAAGUGCAUCUAGCGCCUGGGACCCGACACGCGAGUUGGCCUUUCGUGCAUGCAAGCCCUGGGAGUGGGGUUUUGUUUGGGAUUUCUUUUUCUCCCUCCCCCUCCUUUUUGCCCCUUCCCCUUUCUUUUUGCAGGGAAUUGAGGGUAUCCACAAGCCUGCCUUUUGGAGCCUUCAGGAAGAGCCCAUGCAUUGAAGCGCUUAGGUUUUAAAGGCAGAGCCUUUCAGGCUUCCGCGCGAGCGCUUUGUGCUCACGGACCAGCGCGCAACUUCUGGAGGCUCCAGGGCCCAUGCGGGGUCUCUCCAGCCUCGCGCCGCCUGCAGCGCCCCCGACGCGCGGGGGCCGGAGCUGAGCAGCGCGGCCGCACCGGUGCGUGCAACCGCCGGCCCCGCGCGGGCUGCGGCUCGGCGCUCGCGUGUUCCCGGCCGCCCCGUCCCGGCGAGCUCCCUCAUGUUGCGGCCCCGCUGCGCCACUUCAACGACGGGCCGCGCGCGCUCUGCACGGCGCCCCGCGGCGGAGCUUCAUGCGGGGCUGCGGCCCGCGCAGCCGGCGCCUCGCUGAGGGAACGGACCCCUGGUAACUGGAGACCGCCGCCCCCCCACCCCUGGCGCCAAAGGAUAUCGUAUGUUCAGGUCCAAACGUUCGGGGCUGGUGCGGCGACUUUGGCGAAGUCGUGUGGUCCCCGACCGGGAGGAAGGCGGCGGCUGCGGAGGAGGAGGAGGAGGAGGAGGAGGAGACGAGGAUGGGAGCCUGGGUAGCCGAGCAGAGCUGGCCCCGCGCGCACGAGAGGGCGCAGGCUGCGGCCGCCCCGACGUCCGCCCGGUAGCCCCGCGGCGGCCCUGGGACGAGGUGGGACCGCGCGGCGCCCAGGGCGCAGGCAGGCGCCGGCGCGCUGGGGGCCCCCUUAGGCCCAUGUCGGAGCCGGGGGCCGGCGCUGGGGGCUCCCCGCUGAACGUGGCGGAGCCAGGAGGCCCGGGCAGGCUGCCCGAGAGUGACUGCGAGACGGUGACCUGCUGUCUCUUCUCGGAACGGGACGCCGAGGCGGAUGCGCCCCAGGACGCCGGCGAACCCCUGGCUGGGGCGGGCCCGGAGCCGGCAGGCGGCGGGCGGAGCCGCGAAGGCCGCUCGCGGCUGCUGUUGCUGGAGCGGGAGCUGAAGACCGUCACGUACUCGCUGCUGAAGCGGCUCAAGGAGCGCUCGCUGGACACGCUGCUGGAGGCCGUAGAGUCCCGCGGCGGCGUGCCGGGCGGCUGCGUGCUGGUGCCGCGCGCUGACCUCCGCCUGGGCGGCCAGCCCGCGCCGCCGCAGCUGCUGCUCGGCCGCCUCUUCCGCUGGCCCGACCUGCAGCACGCCGUGGAGCUCAAGCCUCUGUGCGGCUGCCACAGCUUCGCCGCCGCCGCCGACGGCCCCACCGUGUGCUGCAACCCCUACCACUUCAGUCGGCUUUGCGGGCCAGAAUCACCACCACCCCCCUACUCUCGGCUGUCUCCUCCCGAAGAGUACAAGCCACUGGAUCUGUCCGAUUCCACAUUGUCUUACACUGAAACGGAGGCCACCAACUCCCUCAUCACCGCUCUGGGUGAAUUCUCAGGUUGGCAUUUAUUUUGGCGUGUUCAACUGCGGCCAGAGACAGGUGGCAGGGGCUUGGCGGAUGUCUUUUGGAUGUCCCCUCCCCAUUUGGGUUCUCUUCCUCCUACCCCUUGCAUAGGAAGAAGGCAUGGGGUGCUGCCGGAUACCCUCAGUAGUGUGACCUUCGCCAUGGGGGCAGAGAUGCCCCAAGAGGGUGUGCGAGUCAGUGGCUGA